GUUGACAAGCGCCGUCUGCUGUACCACUAGCAGCAUAAAACUUUCUACACAGCUGCUCCUUAACAGAGACAGUCUACGAACGGGAAAGUUUGGUCGAUAUUGACCAGCUCGUAUGUCGUCGAAGUCAUGUCGUUAAAGAAGGAGACUCCUUCAGACCAGCAGCUCCACCUGGCAGCCCUUCAGGGAAACUUGGAUCAGCUGCGACGUGUUUUAGACAGUGGAAAAGUCCAUGUGGACUGCAAAGAUAAGGAAGGAACGACACCACUGAUUCUGGCUGCAGCUAACAACCAUAUAGAAUGUGUGAAGGAGCUGUUGAAGCAGGGUGCAGACCCUGGUGCUAGGAGGCUGACCGGAACAUGCGCCCUGUUUUUUGCCUCCCAAGGUGGAUACAAAGAGAUAGUGAAAUGUUUGAUAAACAGUGGAGCACCUGUAGACUUGCCCAGUUAUGAUGGAGGCACACCUUUGUUUGUGGCCUGUCAGUGUAACCAUGUGGAGGUAGCAGAAGAGCUGUUGAACAAUGGAGCAGAUAUCCAUGCCCAGAUGGUAGAUGGUGCCACCCCACUGUUUAUUGCAGCGCAAAACGGACAUGUCAAAAUGCUCAAGUUUUUGUUGGCGAAAGGAGCAAAAGUGGACAUGACAAGAGAGGAUGGUGCCAGCCCUUUGUGGAUUGCAGCUCAGAUGGGGAAUGCUACAAUAGCUAAGGAACUGCUGGAGGCUGGUGCUGCUGUGGACGCCUGUAGGGAGGAUGGAGCCACACCCUUGUUUAAGGCCUGCCACAAGGGUCACGCAGAAGUUAUUGAAGAGUUACUUAAACAUAACGCCAACCUUGGGAUGUUACAGAACGGGGAGACUGUCCUCCAUGCAGCUGCUCUGUUUGGUCACAUGAAAGUACUGAAGAUCCUGCUAGACAAAGGCUCUAACCCUCAUCUCAGGAACCGGGAGGGACAAACAGCAGCAGAGUUGGCCAUAGAAGCAGGUUAUGACUAUGUCGCGGAAUACCUCAACAAAUUAAUCAGUGGAAUGGACGACAAGUUUUAUAGAUGAGAAUUCGAGCACAGCUUAAAUCAAAAUAUCUUUUCUCAUUGACAUGAUUUAAUUUGUUAGGUCUUUGAGUGUGCGUGUUGAACACAUAUUGUUUAUGCACUUUCUUACUUUUUGUUAAAGAUAAUGAUAGUACAAUUUUGUGGACUAGCCAUUACAUCAAAGUUUGCUAAAGAAGUGGUAUUGUAAAUCACAUAAAGGGGUUGAGAAAUGAAGUGAUUUUUUUGUCAAAAAUUCUCACGAAAUCUGUCAUUAUUUACUUUUCCUUUUAUGUUUGGUCAUGUGUGGUUCCAAGUACUUGUACAAAUCAUCAGAUCAGCUUGUUCAUUGUGGAAUUUGUGGCACUGUAAUGUUGUAUGCUUCAAUAAUUUAGUGGUUUGUGAUUGUUGAUGUAAAAUUAUUAAUUUAGGUUUGAAUUUUUAAAAAUUGUUUUUGAACAUUUAGUUGGAGAAUUUUAUUCUUGUUCAUACACAUCAGCGUAGAAUCAAGCUUUGGAGUAGUGAUUGUAAAUCUUUUAACUCUUGAUACACUCAUUCUUUUUACAUAUACAGUGUGCUUUACAACUUAUUCAGAUAUCUUUGAGUUAAUUUUUAUGCAAAUAUGAAUUCUGUUGAAAGAUCAGUGGACAAGUUACCUGAACUGGUAGGUAAAUAAAGAAGUACAUUAAUAAGUACAGUUUUUAACUUCGGGCAUACUGACUAUGUUGCAGGUGUGUUGUUUAGUGGCUGUAUCUUAGUUGGGAAUUUAUGCAAUUCAGAUACAUAUAAUUGAAGUGUUUAACGACGCCUGUAGAUUUAUACUAUGUUGCGAAAUUAACGACUACUUUGGCAAGUUUAUAUAUUCACCAGUAUGUGUUAUUAAAACGUGUAAUUGUGAUGCUUGACUGUGCCUUAGAAAAUACUGGUGAUUUUUGUUUAUACAUGCACAUGUAUGUAUUUUUGUGCACCCACAUAUUCCUACAUCAUGCUCAUAUUCAUUUGCAUAUUUGCUUGAAUUUACAUGUUUUUUGUGAACAACCACAAAGGUGUUUGUCUUUACUUGUAUUUACUGCAAAUAUAUGGUGUAAUGCUUGUAAAUUCACUCAGGAAAUAUAUUUUAGUCAGUUUUUAAAAUUAUACAAAAAACAAUAUUCAUGGCUGUAUUGCCGCGCUUGUUAUAUUGUUCACUAGCACAUCUGGCAUGUGAAUUUUUCUAUAUUUAUUGGAAUUAUUUAUUUCUAGGUUUGUGAGCUCUAGUUAAUGGGGAAAGGGUUGUUGUUAUCUUAUGCAAUUGUUAUUUUAUUUUUUUCAGCUGCACUUCUUUUAGAUUUGAUCCUGUUACACUUUCCUAAUUUGCACCAUAGUUUGAUUACUAGAUGGUCAAAUUAUUUUCCUGUUUUAAAUUCAAAAAGUGUAAAUGUUCGUUAAUAAUAUAUUUAAGCCUAAACCAAGGUUCUUGAACGAAGUACUAAAUUUGAGCUACUGCUGUCAAGUGUGGAUUUUGUUUUUUAAAGACAAGGCAACACCAACCUGAUCACUGCACCAAGUGUGACGUGCUUAUCAGCUGGGGAUUCAGCAGAUAAUUUUCAUCAGCGAUCAGUGUGCAAAUUGUUUUGUACAAACCUUUGAAUGCAUCUCAGAUUUUCUUCUCUCUUUUUUUUCAUCCUAAUAAAAUAAAAUGUAGACAUGUAUCCAUCAUUUCAGUAAAUCAGUACAAUGCCAAUAUUCCUUUAGCUGACCUACUUGGAGAUUGUCAAGGUAAAUACAUAUAACAUGUAUAUGAUCAGCUUCAUGGAUCUGUGCAUUCUCUCUCCAGCUCUACUUUCUGAAACACAUCUUGUAUUGAAACACAUCUUUGCAUGAUGAAGAUAUAAGCCAUAAAUGAAAAUUAGUUAACUAUUUCAUGGGUUGCCGUCAUUUGGUACCGCCACUGUUUUAUUAUAAUUAUUUGUAGCUUUAUUUGUGGAUAAUAAAGAGUACUGCAAUAAUUCAUGGUAAAUUUAAACAAAUCUACUGAGCCUAUUCUAAAACCAUUUCUUUAAUCAUUUCAGGACCUAUACCUUGAAUAAUAGGAAAACUCAAAACUUGCUCUUGUACAUCCUGAAAUAUGUUUUAAGAUACUUCAGAAUCUCAUCAGUAUUUGAAACAAACAAAACAUACAUAUGAAACAAAUCUCUUUGAUUUACACAUAUUGUACAGUGUUUCCUUUAAAGAACCACUCGCUGAUUCAAGUUGGGUAAGUUCUAGUCAGUAGAAUCAUACAUUACCUGUAGCAGCUGAUGAAAUAUUGACUUUUCUUGCAUUAGACUUUUUGUGACGAUUUACUUGUGUAUGUGUACUCAUCUUUCCAAAGUUUUGCAAAAUCAAAAUGUCUUAACUUAAUCUGUACUAUUGAAGUUUUAAUUUCUUUAUCUUUUCUUGUUCUCAUGUUGUCUCAGUCUAGAAUUGUUUUUGGAGGAUAUAUGUAGAGUCUUUAUAUGUCAGUUCAUUCCUUCACAGUGGAGUUGAUUGCCAGUGCACUGACUAUUUUAAGUACUAUAACAAGUAAUUUAUGACUUUAACCGAUGAAAUUGAGAUAAAGUAGUUUUUAAAUAUUUUCCUUUGCUAUUGAGCUUUUUGUGUGCAAUGUUCAUUGUAUGUUAUAAUUUAUUCUGAGCAAGGUAAUAUAUUAUGCGGUGCUGAUAUAUGCAUUUCACAAUAACCUCAUACCAAUUGUCUUGCCAAAGUAAGAAACACAACCUGAACACACAGCCAGGAGUCACUCACCUACAGUUGUCUUUCUUAUAUACAUUUACUUCAUUUUCAUUACAACUACAUGUAAUGAUAUCAGAUAUUAACUACACACCAUGACAAGACUUAUAUACAGAAGUAAUGCUUGUAAUGCUCAAAUUCUGUCUUCUGUCAGACAAGAACUCAGUAAUUAAAUACAAAGAAAUUUGCAAUGGGUCUGCAUUUCUGAUAUCAAGGUCAUAAACUAACAAAGCAAAAAAAAAAUGUAAUUGACACUGCUUACACACACAGGACCUACAUGUAUUAUUCUGCAUUUCAGGCUGAACACAAUGCUAUGCAAUCAUUAAGUUACAAGUUAAUGUAUGUGUGCUCCAAAUGUGGAUGUGUGGAGAGUGAUAAAGUGGCAUUUAAACUGGUAUAAAAUAAUUCAGAUAAAUUGAAUUUAAAGUCACCAUUGCAUUUUUGUUUGAGAACGUGUUGUACAUUGUCUAUACAUGUAUCAUGAGAGAUGCUUCAGUCUUCAUUCUAACACUUUUGCAUCUCAUCACUAGAAAGAAUGACUUAAAUAAUAACUUUAACAAAAUAGUGGCAUUUUUGACACAAGUCAGUUAAGCAGAAAAGACAACUAUCCCAUUAGUCAUGCCAUUACUACAGGUAAAUUGAUCAGUAGUUUCAGUAUUCAUAAAGAUGAUUUGAAUUUUAAGUAAUUCCAUAAACAAUAUUCUGUAGAAACAAAAAUCAGUAGAAAUGUCAUCGAAUAUGUAAACAUACCAAUACUACCUUCAUUUACAUGCAGAUGUGGAAUGUCCUGUCAACUAGAAACUCUUUCAUGAAUAGGAAAAGAUAUCACUGUUCCUCACAUAACAGUGAAGAGUUUUAGAUAAAAUACUCUUAAAUACAUGUAUCAUAAUUUCAUGCGAAUGAGUGUUAAAACAAAUGCUGCUUGUGUGGCAGAUGUACCAACUACUGUGAUGUGGGCAUUUAGCCUUGUGUAGUAUAUGUAACUCACUGAAGUGCUGGAGUUUAUCUCAGCUGCGCUUAGUAAGACAUUGCUAAUUCUCUUUUCAUUGGGUUGUGUGCUAAAUUAUAUAUAUAUAUAUAUAUAUAUAUAUUUGUGCUGUAUAUACUUGAUAUAACUCU